UUGAACGAGUUGAUCAAAGAUAAUUUGAACAUACCGGUGGAAAAUCAAAGAUUGUACCUGGAUGGGAACAUGUUGAAAGGAAAUUAUAAGAGUAUAUCGGAUUCGGGAAUAAAAAGUGGAGAUGUGUUGCUGGUGAAGUCGGAGCGCCCAGGGUUCGACAUAUCGUCUCUCUUGGCGUCAGAUUAUGACAAAGUACCAGAAGAGGCAUUGAGGCAAAGAGCGAGGGAGAUAAUGCAGGAGUUUAAGCCAGGGUCGACGUUUCUGAACACGCUGAAACUGCACAACGAACCAAUGUACAAAGCGCUGCAGGCGAAUAACGAAGAAGAAGUGUAUAGGAUAGUGAAGAAGGAGUACGAGGAGGUGAAAAAGAAGGAGCUGGACCACAGAAAGAAACUGAUGAAGGCAUACCUGGACCCACUGAACCCGGAGUCGCAGAGCCUAAUACACAAGGAGAUUGAAAUGAACAGAAUAAACGACAACCUGAUAUCAGCACAGAACUAUUUGCCAGAAUCAUUCGGCAAGAUAAACAUGUUGUACGUUAAAGUGGAAAUCAACAAUGUAGUGAUGAAGGCACUGGUGGACACGGGCGCCCAGAGCACAAUAAUGAGCAAGGAAUGCGCCUCCAGAUGUAAUCUCCUGAGACUGGUGGACGAAAGAUUUAAAUCGGUUGCAGUGGGAGUGGGAACGAUGAAGACCCUGGGGAAAAUACACCUGGCAGACAUGAAGAUAGGAACAGUGUUCAUCCCAGUAUCGUUCAUAGUGAUAGAGGAAGCGUCCUUGGAAUUUAUACUGGGCCUGGACGUGCUUCGGAGGUAUACGUGCGACAUAAACCUGAAGAAGAACUACCUGGGCAUAAACGACGUCAACGUGCCUUUCAUGUCGGAGGCGGAAGUGGGAAGCUUCGUGAGUCACACAGCAAGAAGAGAAAACCCAGCGCCUGCAGCACCAACGACGCCCACAGGAUACGCUAAUACUGCAAUUAGCGCCAACCCUGACUCUCUUCAAAGCAGCGCCAUUGACGACAAGGCUCGAAGGCUGAGUGAGACGCUCAAUAUAACCCCGGAAUACGCCAGAGAACUCCUGGAGAUCGCAGGUGGAGACGAACAGUUGGCAGCGUCGUACGUGACGUAG